GACCCUAAAUAUACGUUGGAAAUGAACGGAACACCGGGAAACGGAGACGCGCCGGCGCCGGAAGAGCAAUCACUGCCUCCUCUCCUCCGUAAUUGGAUUCUGGUUCAAGAUUCACUGAAGAAAAGAUUGGUCACGGAGGAUGAAUUCUUCUGGAAAUUGCUCCCCUCCCAAUCCCCUGAAGAACAAGCUGUCAAGUAUGUUGGCGGAGUUGACGUUAGCUUCUCCAAGGACGAUCCCUCGAUCGCCUGCGGAUGCCUCGUCGUUCUGGACUUCCACUCUCUGCAACUGCUUUACCACGAUUACGCCACCGUCAGCCUUCAAGUUCCUUAUGUUCCCGGCUUCCUCGCCUUUCGUGAGGCUCCAGUGCUUCUACAGCUUUUGGACAACAUGAAGAAGAAUGCUAGUCCUUUCUAUCCACAGGUACUGAUGGUGGAUGGCAAUGGGUUACUUCAUCCUCGAGGUUUUGGAUUAGCAUCUCAUAUUGGUGUUUUGGCAAAUCUUCCCACCAUUGGGAUUGGAAAGAAUCUUCAUCAUGUGGAUGGCCUUACUCAAUCUGGGGUAAGAAGACUUCUAGAAGCUGAAGAAAACAGAGAUAAAGAUCUCAUUAAUUUGACGGGGAGCUCUGGAUUUGUUUGGGGAGCGGCAAUGAGAUCAACUCAGGGCUCGUUGAAACCUAUAUUUGUUUCAAUUGGUCACCGUUUAUCACUUGAUACUGCAAUCAUGAUUGUUAAAAUGACUUGCAAAUACCGUGUGCCUGAGCCUGUGAGGCAGGUAAGUCAAAUUCAUCCCUCUUUUGGUAAAUAAAAAAAAAAAUCCCCUUGAAAGCUUUUAUUUUCUGUUUAUGAACCUAUUUGAUGUAAAUCUUUGACUUUAAACAAAUGAAAAAGAGUCACUGCACACAUUGAGGGUGAGACAAGUCUCAUCUCCAGUUUUGGUAACUCCCGUUGUGGUAGUUUUCUCAUUAAAUUACUACCAUUCUCUCAAUAUCAAAGUUUCUUAAUGGAUCAGUGAUUGCAAAUUUGGAAGAAUGGCUUCUGAGUAUUAAAUCCUCAAGUAUUUCAAAAGUUUGAUUUUAACUUCCUGCACAAGAUUUUGCCACAACUCAGUUAAAAUUUUGGGCUGCAUGUUUGAACACCUGCAAUACCAUAGCUGUUCUGUAGUUGAUAAGAUUAUAAGAGCAUUGGCAAAUGGCAACAAUGAAGUUUUAUCAAAUAGCCAGUCAUCAGUUGUUAAAUACUUUGAACUGAUGAGCAUCUCUGAUUUUAUUUUUUCUCUGAUCAUUUCAUUUAAAAUAUUAGCCCGGAUUUGUAUUUUUAUUUUGAUUGUAGGCUGACAUAAGAUCAAGAGAACAUCUUCAAAAGUGUCAAACAAGAACAUUAGAAAGAUGCAAGCACUCAAACAUGGAAUCACAGAAUUAUGUUAAUUUCAGUGAAACUGAGGAUAUUCUGCACAAGUAGAGCUUCAACUGUUGCACUGAAUGUUGACAGGGCCAAUUCAACACCUAGCAGUGUUUUUAGCAGGAAAAAGUUUUCACUUGCUGUGGAGCCUACAAUUGGAACCAAGCCUAACCAACAUGUUCAUGUUCAGUAAGCUGAUUUGUCUGGUGCCUUGUAACUAAAUUCUUUGUUCAAUAUUCCUACAUUGUUAUUUUCUCUUUCUUUGUGUUUUCAAAGGCAAAUCAAGUAAUUCUCAAAAGAGUGUAUCCUGUUAGAUCCAAUGAGCAGAAAGUGUUUGAUAUAUAGAAAGAGAUUUUUGCAUACUGUUACUGUUUUUAUUCUGCUUGUGUUCCUCUUCCCU